AGUUAAACAAUGCAAUGAAGAAAACAAAGCUCUAUUGAAGAGGGUGAAAGUACUGCAGCAUGAAAACGAAACAUUGGUUGCGCAGCUAGGCAAAGCUCAAACUCAAUCGUCGACCUCACAGGCCCCUCCAGCAACGUGCUUGCUAGUGUUACUUCUGUCUUUAGCUCUUAUUGUUGCUCCAAAUCUGCGCUCUCAAAAGGCUGCAAACGGGGCUGUUGAGAAAGAAUUAAUGCUCGAAUCACAAUCAAGCUCACCUUUUGGAGGGCGCACAAGACAUUUGUUAUUCUCUGAAGCCAAGACUUCUGUUAUCUCGGAAGAUCUAUCUCCAGCUCAGCUCGUUGAUGUUGUCAACUCAUCAAAACUCCACCAAGAGGAUAGCAGCUCCUUCAGUACUCUUCUAUCUAACUUGAAAGACCUUCUCAACUUCACUCCAAAACACAUGGACUCUAUAAUGAUGGACCACGAUUACGAUCGACCAAGGAAGAGAGAGAGGGAGCGAGAUUUCAUCAUCCCUCCGCUUGAUGGGUUAUCGCCUCCUGUAGCAAAAAAGCCAUACGCCCCAUCCUACAAUGAUCGUUUUGAAAGCAGUGUAAACAAGACUCACAUGAGCGCAUUCAGUGAUAUAAUAAAGCAGGAGGUCAUCAUCGUUUCAGAUGAUGAAGAAGCUAUAUGAAUUGGUGAAUAUGAGUAUCCUUUGUAGCCUGCAUGUAAGUGCAGUUUACCAUCUAGGCAGACUCAGAUUUUUCUUUUAUGUAUUUUGAACUGUUCGUAACCUUGUCAUCCUAUGAUGGUUGAUCAUUUUGGAUGCUUUAAAAAUGUAUAAAUUAGUCAACCAACAAGAGUUGACCUUUGUCUAUUCAUUUGGUUCUUGUGAAACACAGAAUAGUACUUUUUAAUAUGUGCUUGAAUGGUACCGACUUUUCCCAACUAUUUAGUGUAAGUGGCUCCUAUUAGAUGCAUGAUUAUUUUCUUCAUCAAAUGUGUUUAUAAAAUUUAUCGAAAAUUGUAAUUUUUUGUUUGGUUUCUGAGGUUCCGACUCGCUCUUUAAAAUUAUCUCAUUUUAGUUCUGUGACAUUUUGAUGGAAGUGUUCACAGUUGGCUUUUAAAAUAAUUUUGUAUGAAAUUAAUGUUAGUUAUCUUCUUGAUUGGUGCAAUGUCACUUCCGAUUCCUGAAAAAUUUACAAAUGAUUUUAUUAUUAUUAUUAUUAUUUUUCUUGGGUAACUCGGAAGAGGGAACACUUCUGGUACAAGUAUUACUGACGGGCCACAGGCCAAAGUCAGUAACACAUACUAUCUUGCUUAAAUAAAAAGUAAAUGUUAUUUUAAAGUAAAAUUAAAAAAAAUUAAAUUUUAAGUGAAAUCAGAAAAUUACUCGAUAUUAAGAAACGACCUGACAAUACUUAACGUGCUUAUGACGACGGACUUCUGCAUUGAAUGAAGCAGGUAACCAUCUAUUCCAA